CCACACGUGCACUAUAGUAUACUACAGCGCGAGCUAGCUAGCGACACAGUGUGCAUGUGUGGGGCACGCAUUUGAUACUCAAGAGUGGCAGAGAGUGAGACUGCCAAAUCAGAAUGUAUCUUAUGUACUAUCUAAAUGAAAAUGGUGACAGAGUCUAUACCCUCCAAAAAGUGGAUCCGCAUGGUAAACCCACACAGUCAGCACACCCAGUGAGGUUUUCUCCUGAUGACAAGUAUUCAAGGGAAAGGGUUACCAUCAAGAAGCGAUUUGGACAGCUUCUAACACAAAAACCCAAGCCCGUCUACUAAAACUGGUCUGCUACCAUGCAGACCAGUCGCACGGUGGAGCAGGAUUCAUCAUGUGCUUGUACAUAGAGAGCUGCUCAUCAUGGUAGAACUGACCAGAGCAGGGUGGGAACUCGGGGAGAAAAUGAAAGAAGUCAGCUUUUGGUGAUUCACGUUGGACCCAACAUGUCUCCCACCUUCCCUAUUACCUCCACUCCCUUCUGCCACAGAAGAACCUGGUCCCACCUGUCAAAUCAUCCAGUUGGUUGGAGAUGAAUGUUUAUUUCCCAUGAAAUUCAUUUCCACCAUGCGUACAAGUCUCACCAAUGGCAAGGCAACGAGUAGAAGGUCCCAAUCUGAAGAGAGGGGGGAGGUCUUCAAAGUCAUCACUCUUCGAUUGCAACAUGCAACCGACACUUCCGUGAAUGCAGUCACAACUGUCAAUUAGUUGCCUCCUUGAAUACAGUAACAAAUUAACAGACUGGUACAGUCAAUGCUGUACAUGCAACCCUAACCCUCUAGGAACCAUUGAAAUCCUGCAUAACCUUGGUGGGUUCAGCAUGGUUAGGGUUAAAAAGGGAUCAGUGUCAAGAAUUAAAAUGCAUGGGUAAUGCUUUGCACAGACGCUUCCCUUUACCAGUAAGUUUCAAUGGUUGUUGAAUUUUAUCAGUGAGUAACACGGCCAUCUUCCUAGCCAGAGCUAGGGAAAGCCUGAUGUAGGUAAUUGAAAGUCAUACUUGGAGACCUGGAUGUUGUUAAAUACCCUUUGAAAUCAUGUUAUCUGGCAUUGUCAUUUGGAAGGAAAGAAUAGCAGAUAUUUUGCAGUUUUGAUGAAAAGUUUACAUGUACAUGGAUGUUAAUGAUAAGAUUUGUUAGUUUCAGAAGCAGUUUGAGACCUGAGCUUUUUAUGAGUUUUACAGAUUUUGGCUGCAUAGUUACAACAAAAUGAUGGUGUAUUCAGUUCACCCAAGAAAUGGACAAGGUUAAAGAAAAAUUCUGGCAGUAUAUUUUUCUAUAGUCAUACAAUACCUAUAUUGUCUAUUCUGAUGUAUUCAUGUUCUCUAAAUAGGCAACCCUGAAUGUAAAGAACACUCUUGUCAGAUCAAAACACUGUAAAGAGUAUCUUUUCAGUCCCAAGUCUCUUCAAUAUUUCUCCUUGUUUUCCAGUUCUUUAUUAUAACGAGGUUCUGGUUAGAACAAGAUAAUUUGCCUAGUUCCACUUCUUACUUUGACUUGACUCACGGGUCACCCAUUUCAUACACUGUAUGUUGACAUCUCGAAAGCCAACCCAACCUAGCCCCAGGAAUUUAGUAUUAAGUGAGGUAAUUUGAUAUUGACGUAAAGUUUCAGUGAAAGUACAUGUGGUUGUACGUGUGGAUGUGGACAGGAUGUGAUGUUGAGUUUGCCAUCAGCAUUCUUGGCACUUUGACAUUCAAAGUUCUUGUCGGUAUGGAAGACUGUCUAUAACUAUUGGUAAAAUCUUCCCACAGCAUUUUUUUGUAGCUGUAAACUUGCUGUGAGACCUACAAUAAUAAAGCUUGUAACUUUGCAUAAACCAAUGAAACAAAUAUUUAAGACA